ACCGGCUAACGGAAACCCUGGUUUCAACAUGUCCGGCUUUACACUGUAUUUGUGAUUGCAGGUGAUGCGGGCAGAGGCCGAGGCGGAGGCAGCAGAGGAGGCGGACUCAGACUUUGGGAGUCAUUUGGGAAACUCCUUCAGCCCCCCCAACGUUUCCCCUAAACCCCGGAGAGACGUUGGGAGGAAGGUGGACGAAGAGGAGGAGGAGGAAGAUGGACAGGAAGAGGAAGGAGUGGUGAGCUGGGCCAGUGUUCGGAUGCUGGGAGACCGACAGAAACAAAAAGUAACCAGAGACGAGGACGAGGUCUUCAGUCUGCUGCUGAAGGGAGCGUUGUCGGAGUCUCACGGCGGCCUGAAGUCUCCGAUCUCUUUAGGAAGUCCUCGCCGGCCGUCAGAAAGCAACCUGGACUCGUUCAGCCGACACUUUGAAACCAUCAUGGAGUCGCACCGAGCGAAAGGCACGUCGUACAGCAGCCCUCGACAGCGUUGACCUCCUGACCUCGGGUCCACAUCCGUGUUCACCUUCGACCUGCCCACGCUCACACCUGAGAUCCAGAGUCAGAUCUGCGACAGUGACUAAGCAGAUUCUGGAGCUCAGCUUCGCCCCAUUGGCUCACCCCGACCCCCCCUCCUCCCGCU